AUGGAAGAUGAAUCUACUAGUGAUGCUUGGGAAAUAUUCAAGGAGCUAUUUAGAAAGUGCCCUCACCAUGUUAUCCCACAUUGCAUACAAAUGGAGACAUUUUACAAUGGUCUCAAUGCAGCCUCUCGAAUGGUAUUGGAUGCUUCAGCCAAUGGAGCCAUUCUUUCCAAGACUUAUAACAAAGCAUUUGAGAUUUUGGAAAGAAUAGCAAGCAACAACUACCAAUGGUCAAAUACUAGAGCUCCUACAAGCCGAAAAGUAGCGGGUGUUCUUGAAGUAGAUGCUCUAACCGCUCAAAUGGCCUUAAUGACCAACAUCUUAAAGAAUAUGAGUUUGGGAGGGAAUAUACAGCUAGCUGCUGCCAUUCAAAGUGCAGAAGUCUCAUGUGUUUAUUGUGGGGACGGACAUACUUUUGAGAAUUGCCCAUCAAAUCCAGCCUCGAUUUGCUAUGUGGGUAAUCAAAAUUUCAACUGCAACAACAAUCCGUAUUCAAACUCUUACAAUCCAGCGUGGAGGCAACAUCCAAAUCUGUCAUGGGGGGGUCAAGGAGCAAGUUCAAGUGGAGCGCCAGCACAAGGGAAACAGUCAUUUCCGCCAGGUUUUUCUCAUCAGCCAAGGGCUCAACAACCUCACCAAUCUCAAGGCUCUCAAUCCAGUUCCUUGGAGAGUUUAAUGAGAGAUUAUAUGGCCAAAAAUGACGCUGUAAUUCAAAGCCAGGCAGCUUCUCUUCGCAAACUGGAAAUUCAGUUAGGGCAAUUGGCAAAUGAUCUGAAAAAUAGGCCCCAAGGUUCCUUGCCUAGUGAUACUGAGAAUCCAAGGAGGGAUGGUAAGGAACAAUGCAAGGCAAUCAAUCUACGGAGUGGGAAAAUUCUGGAAAUUAAUGAUGACAAAACAAAAGGCAGCAGGGAGCCCACUUCAAUCCAAACUGAAGGGGAAACAAGUAAAAAACCAGCAAGUUCAGCUGCUGAAAUUGGCCCAGUUGAUAUAGCAUCGGGUCAGCAUUCUAUUACAGAAAAGACUUUACACAAGCCACCUCCACCAUUUCCUCAACGUUUUAAAAAACAGCAGCAAUAUGGGCAGUUCAGGAAGUUUCUGGAUGUUUUGAAGCAGCUCCAUAUCAAUAUUCCCUUGGUGGAAGCCUUGGAGCAAAUGCCAACUUAUGUGAAGUUCUUGAAAGAUAUUUUGACAAAGAAGAGGAGGCUUGGUGAGUUUGAAACAGUUGCUUUGACGAAGGGUUGUAGUGCAAUGUUAAAAAGCAAGAUUCCUCCUAAAUUGAAAGAUCUGGGCAGCUUUGCAAUUCCAUGUUCAAUUGGUGGUAGAGAUGCGGGAAGAGCUCUAUGUGACUUAGGUGCAAGUAUUAAUCUAAUGCCUAUGUCAAUUUUCAAAAAGCUAGGCAUUGGGGAAGCUAGACCAACCAUAGUUACUUUGCAAUUGGUGGAUCUUUCUAUGGCGCACCCAGAAGAAAAAAUUGAAGAUGUUCUAGUGCAAGUUGAUAAGUUCAUUUUUCCGGCCGAUUUCAUCAUUCUCGAUUAUGAAGUGGAUAGAGAUGUUCCCAUUAUCUUGGGUAGGCCAUUUCUAGCUACUGGGAGGACCUUGAUUGACGUGGAAAAAAGGGAGCUCACAAUGAGAGCUCAAGAAGAAUAG